CUACUUAUGUCAACUCCCGACUAUAUAUAUUACAUGCUCCACAACCACCUAGCCAACCUCCACACUAUAUUCUUUCUUCACUUCAUCACCAACAACUAACGAUAAUCUUCUUAUCAUCCCCACCAUGAACAAAUCACCUUCGUCUUCGAAAAGUUCUGGUAAAAAAAGUGCUAGCAAACAGGACACGAGCAACUCAAGUGGAGUAAGGUUUUUGGGGGUGAGGAGACGGCCUUGGGGCAGAUAUGCAGCUGAAAUUAGAGACCCUUCCACGAAAGAGAGGCAUUGGCUCGGCACUUUCGACACGGCUGAGGAAGCGGCUCUGGCCUAUGACAGAGCCGCGCGGUCCAUGCGCGGGGCUCGAGCCAGGACCAACUUUGUGUACUCUGAUAUGCCACCAGGCUCCUCUGUCACCUCUAUUCUUUCUCCUGAUGAUCAGAACCAUAACAAUACCAUCAAUAACAUGCUGCUUCAACAUAACUUCUCGUCGAGCCAUUACGCACCACCCGAACCGACUCCCCCUCCACGGACCAACGUUAACCCCGAGGCUUCACACUUUCUUACGGGUCAAGAUUUUGCUAAUCUCGAGUCCAACACUUUGUAUCAGGUGCCAUCACAUUAUCAUGAUGUGAUGAAUAAUGGUUUCGGUGGGACCUCGGUAUCUCAGUACAGUGAUGGAAUAGAGCUCCCGCCUUUGCCUUCGAAUGAUUUUUUGGAUUCGAAUAACAUGAAUUCGAACUACAACGAGGUUGAUCAGACCGCUUGGAGUUCCACAAAUUAUAUGGCAUUUUCGGAUUGCAACACUUCGACAACAUCAAGCCAAUACGACUCGAUGGGAAGCCAAUCUUACCUCGGAUUCGACUCGAAUAAUUAUGUCCAUAGUCCUCUAUUCGGACAAAUGCCUCCGGUCUCGAAUGGCGAUCCUUUUGAGGCUCUUGAAUUGGGUUCAUCCUCCUACUUCUACUAAAACGGUGGCCGCAGUACGGUUACUUUCUUUCGUAUCCAGUGCACCAAGACUCCUCCGCGGUGGCUUCCUCCUAAAUAUAAUAUUGACUUGAUGAGUCUCCGGUGUGGUUAUUUCUCUUUUCUUUCUUUUGGAGCUGUCCUCUAAGUAAUAACUAAUGGUAGAGUAUAUAUACGUGUGCUUUUGUUUUUAUGCGUUGUGUGAUUGGUUUUUGAACUUAGUCCUGUAGUUGCCCUUGUCAUGUAGGGGAGCUUGUGAGACUAUUACUUUAGAUAUAGUAUAUAUAUAUAAUUGUUGUAUUGUAUUGUUACUGAUAUAUGAUCAUGUAAUGCAUUUUGAGGUUGCCCAUUAAUGUUAAAUUAAAUGAUGAUUGUACCUUUA